AUUACAGGAUGAGUGAAGCGAGGCCUAAUCAGAUUCCCUCCAGUUUAGCAACCUUUUGUUACCCGAAGCCUAUACCUGAAAUUAAAGUCGGUCCUGUUGAGGACGUAAUGGGAUUCACUCUCAGUGAAAGAUUGGCCCUCAAAAGCGCGUGGAAUUUGAUCAGGCCCUAUCAGCGGCGCAUUGGACAGGACGUGUUCUAUAGCUACUUAAACGAUGCCUAUUGGGGUAUAUGUUUGUUCAAGACUGGAAAAGAAAUCAACCUCAGGGCCCUGCACCUCCAUGCAGUGCAGUUUGUCCGCUUUUUCGGUCUUCUGAUCGAGGAAAGGGAUCCGGUGAUGUUCCAGUUAUUGGUCACUGACAACAACCAUACCCACAGGCGCUGCAAAGUGGGAUCCGCUGACCGCAGAAAUCUGGUCCAGGUUCUGGUAGAUUAUUUGCUGAGGGAAUUCCACAAGGUCAGCUCGCCAUCGCUGGAGCGCGGCUUCAGGAAAAUCGCCGAAAAACUGCUGAGUUACCAGGACCACGAGCCGAUCCCCUCCACCGACAAUCGCAGGAACAGGAAGCCAGUUGGUCAAUCGAACGUGAAGGCCAGUUUACCCCGAGGAAGUGCGCACUGAUCCUUAGACUUUCGCCGGGGUGACGAGACCACCAGUGAUGAUAGCCGGUGCACAAAUCGAAGCUAAUUCGGACUGCCGCGGCCACUGCCUCUGCCACUGCGAUAUCUGGCUUUUAGUAUCAGCCUCUGCCGCAGUCGCCGUCGCAGUCGCCGCUUAUUUCGCUUAGCUGCUAAGCGAUUUCCUUGGAGAAAUUCAGUUCAGCUCGGACGCUCAUCGCGCCCAUCCACACGUUCCGAUAGUAAAAGCGCUUCUACGGAAUCGAAACUGAUCAGAAAAGUGCCACCAGCCAAAUAAAACAAGUUCGCCCAAUUUAUAGCCUCGCAAAAGCGGGAAAAACAUUUAAAUAGUGCCGCUUUCAAAGUUCUACCAACAUGGUGGCUACCGAGGACGUUAAAAAGGUAACUUAACAAAAGAAUUCUAGUGAUUAUAGAUUUUUUGGCAGUCAACUAACCGAAAUAAAUUAAAACAUUGAAGAUAA